UCCUCCCCUUCUCCUCCCCUGCUCGCUGCAGACUCUCUCCUUCUCACUGUCGCUGCCGAGAUCCACAGGCGGUUGUGGCUCAGCCCCUGUUGCAGGGGACAAGUGAGGGCGACUUUCCUGUCCUGCCCUGAGACGCCGCCCUCCCGGGGUUGGGGACAGAGCAGGUGCAGAGGCACUGCAGCUGCCCGGUUGCCCAGCCUCCUGAAUGAUGCCAGCCCAGUAUGCUCUAACCUCCAGCCUGGCUCUCCUGGUGCUACUGGGCACAGCCAGAGCAGGCCCCUUCUCUUCACGGUCCAAUGUGACACUGCCAGCCCCCCGGCCCCCUCCCCAGCCAGGGGGCCGCACGGUGGGGGCAGGAGGGGGAAGGCCCUCUUCUCAGCUUUAUGAGCACACAGUGGAAGGAGGGGAGAAGCAGGUGGUAUUCACCCACCGCAUUAACCUGCCCCCUUCCACUGGCUGUGGUUGUCCCCCAGGCACUGAGCCCCCAGUCCCUGCUUCAGAGGUGCAGGCCCUGAGGGUCCGGCUAGAGAUCCUGGAGGAGUUGGUGAAGGGGCUCAAGGAACAGUGCACUGGGGGAUGUUGUCCUACUGCUGCCCAGGCUGGCACAGGUCAGACAGAUGUGCGGACCCUCUGCAGUCUCCAUGGUGUGUUUGAUCUGAGCCGCUGCACCUGUUCCUGUGAGCCAGGCUGGGGUGGGCCCACCUGCUCAGACCCCACAGAUGCUGAGAUUCCUCCCUCCUCCCCACCCUCAGCCUCGGGGUCCUGCCCAGAUGACUGCAAUGAUCAGGGUCGCUGUGUCCGCGGUCGUUGCGUAUGCUUUCCCGGCUACACUGGCCCCAGCUGUGGCUGGCCAUCCUGUCCCGGGGACUGCCAAGGCCGUGGGCGCUGCGUGCAGGGCGUGUGUGUGUGCCGGGCAGGUUUCUCAGGCCCCGACUGCAGCCAGCGCUCCUGCCCUCGGGGUUGCAGCCAGAGGGGACGAUGUGAGGAUGGGCGCUGCGUGUGUGAUCCAGGCUACACUGGUGAGGACUGUGGCAUGAGGAGCUGCCCUCGCGGUUGCAGUCAGAGGGGGCGCUGUGAGAAUGGGCGCUGCGUGUGCAACCCUGGCUACACUGGCGAGGACUGUGGGGUGAGGAGCUGCCCUCGGGGCUGCAGCCAGAGGGGACGCUGCGAGGACGGGCGCUGCGUGUGUGACCCCGGCUACACUGGCGAGGACUGUGGUACGCGGAGCUGCCCCUGGGACUGUGGUGAGGGCGGGCGCUGCGUGGACGGCCGCUGCGUGUGCUGGCCCGGGUACACAGGCGAGGACUGCAGCACUCGGACAUGUCCGAGGGACUGCCGGGGCCGCGGGCGCUGCGAGGACGGCGAAUGCAUUUGCGACACGGGCUACAGCGGGGACGAUUGCGGCGUGCGCAGCUGCCCUGGCGACUGCAACCAAAGGGGCCGCUGUGAGGACGGCCGCUGCGUGUGCUGGCCAGGGUACACGGGACUCGACUGCGGCUCGCGCGCCUGCCCACGCGACUGUAGAGGUCGCGGGCGCUGCGAGAACGGCGUGUGUGUUUGCAACGCGGGCUACAGCGGCGAGGACUGCGGUGUGCGCAGCUGUCCUGGAGACUGUCGUGGCCGGGGCCGCUGUGAGAGUGGCCGCUGCGUGUGUUGGCCAGGCUACACAGGCCGGGACUGUGGCACGCGCGCCUGUCCUGGCGACUGUCGCGGGCGCGGGCGCUGCGUGGAUGGCCGCUGCGUGUGUAACCCGGGCUUCACCGGUGAGGACUGUGGGAGCCGUCGCUGUCCCGGGGACUGCCGUGGGCACGGCAGUUGCGAGGAUGGCGUGUGCGUGUGUGACGCAGGCUACUCAGGGGAAGACUGCAGCACGCGCAGCUGCCCCGGGGGCUGCCGAGGCCGCGGCCAGUGCAUAGAUGGGCGCUGUGUGUGCGAGGACGGCUACUCUGGUGAGGAUUGCAGUGUGAGGCGGUGCCCGAAUGACUGCAGCCAGCACGGCGUGUGCCAGGACGGUGUGUGCAUCUGUUGGGAAGCCUACGUGGGUGAGGACUGCAGCAUCCGCACCUGCCCCUCCAACUGCCAUGGGCGGGGCCGCUGUGAGGAGGGGCGCUGCCUGUGCGACCCAGGCUACACUGGCCCCACCUGUGCCACCCGCAUGUGCCCAGCUGACUGCCGGGGACGUGGGCGCUGUGUGCAGGGAGUGUGCAUGUGCCACGUGGGCUAUGGCGGUGAGGACUGCGGGCAGGAAGAGCCUCCAGCCAGCGCCUGCCCUGGAGGCUGCGGGCCCCGGGAACUGUGCCAGGCAGGCCAGUGUGUGUGUGUAGAGGGCUUCCGAGGCCCUGACUGUGCCAUCCAGACAUGCCCAGGGGACUGCCGUGGCCGAGGAGAGUGUCACGAUGGCAGCUGUGUCUGCAAAGAUGGGUAUGCUGGCGAAGACUGCGGGGAAGAGGUGCCAGCCAUUGAGGGCAUGAGGAUGCAUCUCUUGGAGGAGACAACAGUUCGGACAGAGUGGACCCCGGCUCCUGGCCCUGUGGAUGCCUAUGAAAUUCAAUUCAUCCCCACGACAGAGGGGGCGAGCCCCCCAUUCACAGCACGGGUUCCAAGCUCUGCCUCAGCCUAUGACCAAAGAGGACUGGCCCCUGGACAGGAGUACCAGGUCACUGUCCGAGCCCUUCGAGGGACCAGCUGGGGCCCUCCUGCCUCCAAGACCAUCACCACCAUGAUCGAUGGGCCCCAGGACCUCCGAGUGGUGGCUGUGACGCCGACAACACUGGAGCUUGGCUGGCUGCGUCCCCAGGCCGAGGUAGACCGAUUUGUGGUGUCCUACGUCAGUGCCGGCAACCAGAGGGUGCGGCUGGAAGUGCCCCCUGAGGCAGACGGGACGCUGCUGACUGACCUGAUGCCAGGCGUGGAAUAUGUGGUGACUGUCACAGCGGAACGGGGCCGGGCAGUCAGCUACCCAGCUUCCGUCAGGGCCAACACAGGGUCCUCACCCUCGGGCCUCUUGGGGACUACCGAUGAGCCUCCUCCCUCAGGCCCCUCAACGACCCAAGGGGCCCAGGCUCCUCUCUUGCAGCAGCGCCCCCAGGAGCUGGGAGAGUUGAGGGUGCUGGGCAGAGAUGAGACAGGGCGUCUCCGUGUGGUCUGGACCGCCCAGCCCGACACCUUUGCCCACUUCCAACUGCGCCUGCGGGUGCCCGAGGGGCCGGGGGCACAUGAGGAAGUGCUGCCAGGGGACGUCCGCCAGGCUCUGGUGCCUCCACCCGCUCCUGGAGCCCCGUACGAGCUGUCACUUCGUGGGGUCCCUCCUGGGGGCAAGCCCUCUGACCCUGUCAUCUACCAAGGCAUUAUGGACAAGGAUGAGGAGAAGCCUGGGAAGUCCUCAGGCCCACCACGCCUGGGUGAGCUGACGGUGACAGACAGGGCCUCCGACUCCUUGCUCUUGCGCUGGACAGUCCCCGAGGGCGAGUUUGACUCCUUCGUGAUCCAGUACAAAGACAGGGACGGGCAGCCCAAGGUGGUGCCCGUGGAGGGGCCCCAGCGCUCAGCUGUCAUCACCUCCCUGGAUCCUGGCCGCAAGUACAAAUUUGUCCUGUAUGGGUUCGUUGGCAAGAAGAGGCAUGGUCCCCUGGUGACUGAAGCCAAGAUCUUGCCUCAGAGUGACCCACGUCCAGGGACUCCACCCCGUCUGGGAAACCUGUGGGUGACAGACCCUACCCCAGACUCACUGCACCUCUCCUGGACUGUCCCUGAGGGCCAGUUCGACACCUUCAUGGUCCAGUACAGGGACAAGGAUGGACGGCCCCAGGUGGUACCUGUGGAAGGGCCUGAGCGUUCAUUUGUUGUCUCCUCACUGGACCCUGACCACAAGUACAGAUUCACUCUGUUUGGAAUCGCGAAUAAGAAGCGGUAUGGCCCCCUCACGGCCGAUGGCACCACUGCUCCAGAGAGGAAAGAGGAGCCCCCCCGCCCCGAGUACCUGGAGCAGCCCCUCCUGGGGGAACUGACAGUGACUGGUGUGACCCCAGACUCUUUGCGCCUGUCAUGGACGGUGGCCCAGGGCCCCUUCGACUCGUUCAUGGUCCAGUACAAAGAUGCACAGGGGCAGCCCCAGGCAGUGCCUGUUGCGGGGGAUGAGAAUGAGGUUACCGUCCCCGGCCUGGAUCCCGACCGGAAGUAUAAGAUGAACCUCUACGGGCUUCGUGGCAGGCAGCGUGUGGGGCCCGAGUCUGUGGUGGCCAAGACUGCUCCUCAGGAGGAUGUGGACGAGACCCCCAGCCCCACAGAACUGGGCACAGAGGCCCCAGAGUCCUCUGAGGAGCCGCUCCUGGGGGAGCUGACAGUGACAGGAUCCUCCCCUGACUCGCUGAGCCUCUCCUGGACCGUCCCCCAGGGCCGCUUCGACUCCUUCACCGUGCAGUACAAAGACAGGGAUGGGCGGCCCCAGGCGGUGCGUGUUGGGGGUGAGGAGAGUGAGGUCACCGUGGGGGGCCUGGAGCCCGGGCACAAGUACAAGAUGCACCUGUACGGCCUCCACGAGGGACAGCGCGUGGGCCCAGUGUCUGCCGUGGGCGUGACAGCCCCACAACAAGAAGAGACCCCUCCAGCCACCAAGCCCCCUCUGGAGCCACGCCUAGGAGAGCUGACAGUGACAGACGUGACCCCCAACUCUGUGGGCCUCUCCUGGACAGUCCCUGAGGGCCAGUUUGACUCCUUCAUGGUCCAGUACAAAGACAAGGACGGGCAGCCUCAGGUGGUGCCGGUGGCUGCAGACCAGCAGGAGGUCACAAUCUACAACCUGGAGCCUGAGAGAAAAUACAAGAUGAACAUGUAUGGACUACAUGAUGGGCAACGCGUGGGCCCCCUGUCUGUGGUCAUCAUGACGGCUCCCCUCCCACCAGCCCCAGCCACGGAGGCCUCCGAGCCUCCCCUGGAGCCACGCCUAGGGGAGCUGACAGUGACGGAUGUAACCCCUGACUCUGUGGGCCUCUCGUGGACAGUCCCUGAGGGUGAAUUCGACUCCUUUGUGGUUCAGUACAAGGACAGGGACGGGCAGCCGCAGGUGGUGCCUGUGGCUGCAGACCAGCGGGAGGUCACCAUCCCUGGCUUGGAACCUUCCCGCAAGUACAAGUUCCUGCUCUUUGGGAUCCAGGACGGGAAACGACGCAGCCCAGUCUCUGUGGAGGCAAAGACGGCUGCCCGAGGUGACGCCAGCCCAGGGGCCCCACCUCGCCUUGGGGAGCUGUGGGUGACAGACCCCACCCCAGACUCACUGCACCUCUCCUGGACGGUCCCUGAGGGCCAGUUCGACUCUUUUGUGGUCCAGUUCAAGGACAAAGACGGGCCCCAGGUGGUGCCCGUGGAGGGCCACGAGCGCUCUGUCACCAUCGCCCCUCUGGACGCCGGCCGCAAGUACAGAUUCCUCCUCUAUGGCCUCCUGGGCAAGAAGCGCCAUGGCCCCCUCACUGCCGACGGCACCACGGAGGCCCGGAGUGCUAUGGACGAUACUGGAACAAAGCGUCCCCCAAAGCCCCGUCUGGGGGAGGAGCUGCAGGUGACCAGCGUGACCCAGAACUCCGUGGGCCUCUCCUGGACAGUCCCUGAGGGCCAAUUUGACUCCUUUGUGGUCCAGUACAAGGACAGGGACGGGCAGCCCCAGGUGGUGCCCGUGGAGGGCAGCCUCAGGGAGGUCAGCGUGCCGGGCCUGGACCCCGCCCACAGGUACAAGCUGCUGCUCUAUGGCCUGCACAGCGGCAAGCGUGUGGGCCCCAUCUCAGCCGUCGCCAUAACUGCCCGCAGGGAAGACACGGAAACUGAGACCACGGCCCCGACCCCUCCAGCGCCUGAGCCCCGCCUCGGGGAGCUGACAGUGAAGGAGGCCACGCCACACACCCUGCAUCUCUCCUGGAUGGUGACUGAGGGAGAAUUUGACUCCUUCGAAAUCCAGCACACAGAUAGAGAAGGGCAACUCCAAACGGUCCGUACAGGAGGUGACCAGAAUGACAUCACCCUCUCUGGCCUGGAAUCCGACCACAGAUACGUGGUGACCCUGUAUGGUUUCCGCGAUGGGAAGCAUGUGGGUCCUGUCCAUGUCGAGGCCCUGACAGUCCCGGAGGAGGAGGAGCCUUCGGAACCUCCCACCGCAACCCCCGAGCCCCCCAUCACACCUCACCUGGGGGAGCUGACCGUGACAGACGCCACCCCCGACUCCCUCAGCCUGUCCUGGACAGUUCCUGAGGGCCAGUUUGACCACUUCCUGGUCCAGUACAGGAACGGAGACGGGCGGCCCAAGGCUGUGCGGGUGCCAGGGCAUGAGGAUGGGGUCACCAUCUCGGGCCUGGAGCCAGACCACAAAUACAAGAUGAACCUGUACGGUUUCCACGGUGGCCAGCGCAUGGGCCCUGUGUCUGCAAUCGGGGUGACGGCUGCAGAGGAAGAGACCCCCAGCCCCACAGAACCCAGCACGGAGGCCCCGGAGCCCCCCGAGGAGCCGCUCCUGGGGGAGCUGACAGUGACAGGAUCCUCCCCUGACUCGCUGAGCCUCUCCUGGACCGUCCCCCAGGGCCGCUUCGACUCCUUCACCGUGCAGUACAAGGACAGGGACGGGCGGCCCCAGGUGGUGCGUGUCGGGGGCGAGGAGAGUGAGGUCACCGUGGGGGGCCUGGAGCCCGGGCACAAGUACAAGAUGCACCUGUACGGCCUCCACGAGGGGCGGCGUGUGGGCCCGGUGUCCGCUGUGGGCGUCACGGCCCCCAAAGAGGAGUCCCCUGAUGCUCCUCUUGUGAAGCCGCGCCUAGGGGAGAUGACAGUGAGAGACGCCACCCCUGACUCCCUCAGCCUGUCCUGGACAGUCCCCGAGGGCCAGUUUGACCAUUUCUUGGUCCAGUACAAGAAUGGGGAUGGGCAGCCCAAGGCGGUGCGGGUGCCAGGACACGAGGACGGGGUCACUAUCUCGGGCCUGGAGCCAGACCACAAGUAUAAGAUGAACCUGUAUGGCUUCCAUGGUGGCCAGCGCAUGGGCCCUGUGUCUGCUGUUGGUUUAACUGUCCUGGGGGAGCUGACAGUGACAGGAUCCUCCCCUGACUCGCUGAGCCUCUCCUGGACCGUCCCCCAGGGCCACUUCGACUCCUUCACUGUGCAGUACAAGGACAGGGACGGGCGGCCCCAGGUGGUGCGUGUUGGGGGCGAGGAGAAUGAGGUCACCGUGGGGAGCCUGGAGCCCAGGCACAAGUACAAGAUGCACCUGUACGGCCUCUACGAGGGGCGGCGCGUGGGCCCAGUGUCCACCGUGGGCGUGACUGCCCCAGGAGAGGAUGUGGAUGAGACCCCCAGCCCCACAGAACCAGGCACAGAGGCCCCAGAGCCCCCCGAGGGGCCGCUCCUGGGGGAGCUGACAGUGACAGGAUCCUCCCCUGACUCGCUGAGCCUCGCCUGGACCGUCCCCCAGGGCCACUUCGACUCCUUCACCGUGCAGUACAAGGACAGGGACGGGCGGCCCCAGGUGGUGCGUGUCGGGGGCGAGGAGAGUGAGGUCACCGUGGGGGGCCUGGAGCCCGGACGCAAGUACAAGAUGCACCUGUACGGCCUCCACGAGGGGCAGCGCGUGGGCCCGGUGUCUGCCGUGGGCGUCACAGCUGCAGAGGAAGAGACCCCCAGCCCCACAGAACCCAGCACAGAGGCCCCAGAGCCCCCUGAGGAGCCGCUCCUGGGGGAGCUGACAGUGACAGGAUCCUCCCCUGACUCGCUGAGCCUCUCCUGGACCGUCCCCCAGGGCCACUUCGACUCCUUCACCGUGCAGUACAAGGACAGGGACGGGCGGCCCCAGGUGGUGCGUGUUGGGGGCGAGGAGAGCGAGGUCACCGUGGGGGGCCUGGAGCCCGGGCGCAAGUACAAGAUGCACCUGUACGGCCUCCACGAGGGGCGGCGCGUGGGCCCGGUGUCUGCUGUGGGUGUGACAGCUCCAGAGGAUGAAGCCGAGACCACCCAAGCAGCGCCCACCACGACCCCUGAGUCCCCCAUCAAGCCUCGCCUGGGGGAGCUGACCGUGACUGACGCCACCCCCGAUUCCCUCAGCCUGUCCUGGACGGUCCCCGAGGGCCAGUUUGACCACUUCCUGGUCCAGUACAGGAAUGGGGACGGGCAGCCCAAGGCGGUGAGGGUGCCGGGGCACGAGGACGGGGUCACCAUCUCAGGCCUGGAGCCAGACCACAAGUACAAGAUGAACCUGUACGGCUUCCACGGUGGCCAGCGCGUGGGUCCCAUGUCUGUCAUCGGGGUGACGGAGGAAGAGACCCCCAGCCCCACAGAACCCAGCUCGGAGGCCCCGGAGCCCCCUGAGGAGCCACUCCUGGGGGAGGUGACAGUGACAGGAUCCUCCCCUGACUCGCUGAGCCUCUCCUGGACCGUCCCCCAGGGCCGCUUCGACUCCUUCACCGUGCAGUACAAGGACAGGGACGGGCAACCCCAGGUGGUGCGUGUCGGGGGCGAGGAGAGCGAGGUCACUGUGAGGGGCCUGGAGCCCGGGCGCAAGUACAAGAUGCACCUGUACGGCCUCUACGAGGGGCGGCGUGUGGGCCCAGUGUCCACUGUGGGCGUCACGGCGCCCCUGCCCACACCGCCGCCCGUGGAGCCCCGCCUGGGGGAGUUGACGGUGGCAGCCGUGACCUCGGACUCAGUGGGCCUCUCGUGGACCGUAGCCCAGGGGCCCUUUGACUCCUUCCUGGUGCAGUACAGGGACACGCAGGGGCAGCCCCAGGCAGUGCCUGUGAGCGGAGACCUCCGAGCGGUCACCGUCUCAGGGCUGGACCCGGCCCGCAAGUACAAGUUCCUGCUCUUUGGACUCCAGAAUGGGAAACGCCACGGCCCAGUCCCUGUGGAGGCCAGGACCGCCCCAGACACGAAACUGUCUCCCCGCCUGGGGGAGCUGACUGUGACAGAUGCUACCCCUGACUCCGUGGGCCUCUCGUGGACGGUCCCUGAGGGCGAAUUCGACUCCUUCGUGGUCCAGUACAAAGAUAAGGAUGGUCGGCUCCAGGUUGUGCCAGUGGCAGCCGACCAGCGGGAGGUCACAGUCCCAGGCCUGGAGCCCAGUAGGAAAUACAAGUUCCUGCUGUAUGGUCUGGCAGGCAGGAAGCGAAUGGGCCCCAUCUCUGCUGACGGCACCACAGCUUCCCUGGAGAAGGAGCCACCUCCCCGCCUAGGGGAACUGACCGUGACCGAGGAGACCUCCAGCUCCCUGCACCUGUCCUGGACGGUAGCCCAGGGCCCCUUUGAAUCCUUCGUGGUCCAGUACAGGGACACGGACGGGCAGCCCAGGGCAGUGCCUGUGGCCGCAGACCAGCACACGGUCACCAUAGAGGACCUGGAGCCUGGCAAGAAGUACAAAUUUCUGCUCUACGGGCUUGUUGGGGGAAAGCGCCUGGGCCCGAUCUCCGCCCUGGGAAUGACAGCCCCAGAAGAGGACACGCCAGCCCCAGAGUUAGCCCCAGAGGCCCCUGAGCCUCCUGAAGAGCCCCGCCUAGGGGUGCUGGCCGUGACCGACACAGCCCCAGACUCCAUGCGCCUCUCGUGGAGCGUGGCCCAGGGCCCCUUUGAUUCCUUCGUGGUCCAGUAUGAGGACACGAACGGGCAGCCCCAGGCCUUGCUCGUGGACGGUGACCAGAGCAAGAUCCUCAUCUCAGGCCUGGAGCCCAGCACCCCCUACAGGUUCCUCCUCUAUGGCCUCCAUGAAGGGAAGCGCCUGGGGCCCCUCUCAGCUGAGGGCACCACAGGUACCACCAGGCAUCUCUGACCUCUAGUCU